CGUACUUGUUGACCCGGAAGUAGUCUGGUCCACGCUUGAAACGUUGCCGACACGAACGAAGUGAGCCAGUGAAGACGAGCGCUGCAACAUCUGAGAGAACUACUUCGAUAAACCAUCAGCCAUGAGUUUGUUAACAAAGCCGAAGUCAGAGAUGACCCCAGAAGAGCUCCAGAAAAGAGAGGAGGAGGAGUUCAACACUGGCCCCUUGUCGGUUCUCACCCAGUCAGUCAAAAACAACACUCAGGUGCUCAUUAACUGUCGCAACAACAAGAAGCUGCUUGGGAGAGUCAAGGCUUUUGACAGGCACUGCAACAUGGUCCUGGAGAACGUGAAGGAAAUGUGGACAGAAGCUCCCAAGAGCGGGAAGGGAAAGAAGAAGUCCAAGCCCGUGAAUAAGGACCGCUACAUUUCCAAAAUGUUCCUCAGGGGCGACUCUGUCAUUGUCGUGCUGAGAAAUCCUCUGAUCACUGGAAAAUGAACUGUUUAUAGACGCCUUGCUUUUUGUUUUUCUCUGUGAAGGCAGUGGACUGUCGUAAAUGUAAAGUUUUGUUUUAUUUUUGACUUUUCUCAUUCACUGCAUUUAUUGUUGAGACAGAAACACUGUGUCAACAAAAUGUUUCUACUAUUUUGAAAGUGAAAUAAGCAUUUCAUUGCUGAUUUUGCUUUGUCUUCAGAAGGCGUCUUGUCUUUUUUAUUUUAAUAAUAAAAAUGAUGAUUGGAUUCAA